UCACAUGCAUCGGUGCUUCGUUUUUGGGGUUUUAGGGUUUUGCUUUUUGCUUCUGCCUUUGCUUUUUGCUUCUUACUCUCAACCAGAAAUGACUGCUCAGGCCGACAAAGAGAUCGAAGAGAUCCUGGCAGCUCAUCUCGACCAACAAAAAAUCGAUUCCGAGAUACCAGAGCAACCUGUUGUUGAAGAUGACGACGAGGAAGAUGACGAUGACGAUGAUGAUGAAGAUGAUGCCGAAGGUCAUCAUGAGGGAGAAGGAGAUGGAACUGGUAGGUCAAAGCAAAGCCGAAGUGAAAAGAAGAGCCGCAAAGCUAUGUUGAAGCUUGGGAUGAAACCGAUCCCUGGUGUUAGCCGGGUCACUGUGAAGAAGAGCAAGAAUAUCUUAUUUGUCAUCUCAAAACCAGACGUGUUCAAGAGCCCAGCAUCAGAUACUUAUGUAAUAUUUGGAGAGGCUAAGAUUGAGGACUUAAGCUCACAACUGCAGACUCGAGCUGCAGAGCAAUUCAAGGCUCCUGAUCUAAGCCAAGUGAUAUCAAAACCAGAGUCAUCAACAGCAGUCCAGGACGAUGAAGAAGUGGAUGAAACAGGGGUGGAGCCCAAGGACAUUGAAUUAGUUAUGACACAAGCAGGAGUAUCCAGGUCAAAGGCUGUCAAGGCACUCAAGGCUGCUGAUGGUGACAUUGUUAGUGCUAUAAUGGAGCUUACUGCCUAAUAACGGUGUUGAUUUAGCAGCAGUUUUGGUUGCUGAAAGUUGUCGGUUUUUUUGAGAAUGUUAUUGUGUCCUUUUUCUUCUUGUCGGUUGUUGUAUUAGUAAAAAAACCAUCUGUGAGGACGUUUUCUGUUAUAAAAAUGGUCUCGGUUAAGAAUUCUUGGCUGAGGGAGAGAAUCCCGUUACCAAGAAAUCUCA